AUGAUUUCACUUUUUGCUACCAUUGUCGCUCUCAUUCCGAUUGUUGUUCAAGCUGCUACUCAGAAUGUUGAGCUCAAUCUUGGUCAAUUCACUGGAUCCCCCGAUGGUUACCAAACCAAUAUUUACGGUGCCAACAAUCAAAUGGAAUUCCCUAUUGUUAUCAACAAAGGAGACUUGCUUAGCCUCAAGGUCAACAACAAGCUUGGACUGCCCACCGCUAUUCACUGUCACGGUCUGUUCCAGAGAGGAACUCCUUACUAUGAUGGUGCAUCCGGUGUUUCUCAAUGCCCUAUCGCCGAUCAGGACUCACUGCAAUACGACAUCAGUGUUCCUGACCAGCAUGGUACCUUUUGGUGGCAUGCUCAUCACAAGGCUCAAUAUGUCAAAGGUCUUCGUGGUCCUCUGAUUAUCAAAGAUCCUUCCAACGAGCCCUAUACUGCCGAUUACGAUGAAGAGUACAUUGUCAUGUUGACAGAUUGGUUCCAUGCGCAACAUAGCUCAGAUAUCCUUGAUCCCUUCAUGAUCAGUACUACUGGAAACGAACCCAUUCCAGACUCUGGCUUAAUCAAUGGCAAAGGCAGAUACAACUGCUCCAUGGCCACUGAUAAGACGGUGCCAUGUAUUAGCAAUGCUCCGCUAACCCGCUUUGAUUUUACCCCAGGAAAGCGUUAUCGUCUUCGUGUUAUCAAUGCUGGUUCCAUGGCAGUGUUCAACUUUUCUAUCGAUGGUCAUAAAAUGACCGUGAUUGAGGCCGAUGGUGUCGAUACUGCCAAGACUGUAGUAGAUGGUAUCCGUAUCAGUGUUGCUCAGCGUUACUCUGUGAUUGUCGAAGCCAAUGCUGCCCCAGGAAAUUUUUGGAUGCGUGCCGAUAUUGACACUGGUCUCUACACCGUUUACCAAGAGGGUAUUUUAACCCCCACUAUCCGCGCGAUUGUCUCGUACACUCAGAGUGAUGCCGACCCAACAUCUAGCCCAGUUGCUGCCAAUGCAGUGAUGCUCAACCAGUACAAACUGAUGCCUGUUGUUCAAGACCCUAUUUCUCCCAGAGUGAAUCAGUCUUUGAUUCUGUCAUUUGGUAUUCUUGCAGACACGGACAAUAUUUUCAAAGCAUUCACUAGCGUUGAUGGACAUUUCACCGAUUCUGUUUACAAGAUGCCCGCGAAUUCGCCAACUUUGAUGAGCGCUAUCAACAACCAGCCAUUUGAACCAAGUGCCAAUGUGGUUCCUGUUGUUAAUGGUCAGACCAUCCAACUGACUAUCUAUAAUGAUGACCCAAUGGAGCAUACGUUUCACUUGCACGGUCAUACAUUCCAGAUUGUUGGUACGGGUGUUCAGCUUAAUCUCAAACCCGCCCAACAUGCUGCUAAAGUGAUGUACCCAGAGCGCGAUACUGUCACUGUUCCAGCAUGCAAAAUCAAGGCCAACAACACUGGCGGUGAAGGAGGUGCCUGCGGUGGUACCAAAGGAUAUGUCACGAUCCGUUUCCGAGCAAACAAUCCUGGUGCAUGGCUGUUCCAUUGCCACAUCGAAUGGCACAUUAUGCAAGGUCUUGGCAUCACGUUUGUUACUGCUGGCAAGGAAUUACAAACCAUGAAACUUCCUCCACGAAUGGUUGAUGGAUGUGCUCGAUCUGGUGUCAAAUUGAAUGCUACUCGUUUCUGGGCUCCACCACGUAUUGGAAUGUAA